AUGUCGUCGUGUAUUUUCUUGAUGAUAUUUUUGAUUCAAGUCGACGCACAGAUCCGCUACUCAAUCCCAGAGGAGAUGAGGAAGGGCUCUCUUAUUGGUAACGUUGCACAGGACUUGGGUUUGGACAUAAAAAGGCUUCGUUCUGGCCGAGCUCGUAUCGUGACUGGAGAAAAUGUUCAGUACGCCGAGCUGAAGACAGACAAAGGGACUCUGGUGGUGAAUGAGAGGAUAGACAGAGAGCAGCUCUGUGGAGACGUGACGCCCUGCAGCUUCACGUUUGAGAUUUUACUGGAAAACCCGAUGGAGUUACACCCUGUGACUAUAGAGGUGCUGGACAUAAACGACAAUGCGCCCAGUUUUGAGAGUAAACAAUUGGAUUUCAAAAUCAGUGAAGCAGCAAUGACAGGAUCGCGCUUUGGCUUGGAGGCGGCAGGUGAUUCUGACGUAGGGCUAAACAGUUUACAAGAAUAUGUGUUAACUCCAAACAAUAAUUUUAUCUUGAAAGAAAACGCUGAUCCUGACGGCACUAAAUUCAUUCAGAUGGUUCUUCAGACUGCACUAGACAGAGAAAAACAGUCGCAGAUUAAUCUCAAACUGGUGGCUGUGGAUGGAGGAAGUCCGCAGAGAUCUGGAUCAGUAAAUAUAAAUAUUGUUGUCUUAGAUGUCAAUGACAACGCCCCUCUGUUUAAUCAGAGGAUUUAUAAAGCGUCUGUGACUGAAAAUUCUCCCAUAGGCACACAUGUCCUUACGGUAAACGCGAGUGAUAUAGACAGUGGAGCAAACAGUGAAGUAACAUACUCCUUUUCCAAAUCAAAAGCAUCAGUAGCCGAUUUCUUUGAAAUUGAUGAAUACACAGGGAGUGUUUUUUUAGCAAAAGAAUUAGAUUUUGAAAAAGAAAAAAAGUUGGAGUUUAGAGUUGAGGCCAAAGACCAAGGAGGACUGACAGAUACUUGCAAAGUAGAAAUAGACAUUCUAGAUGUUAAUGACAAUGCGCCUGUUAUAAAUGUGAUGUCGUUCACCAGUCCCGUUUCAGAAGACGCUCCCGUGGGCACCACCAUCGGAAUAAUUAAUGUAAAAGAUUUGGAUUCAGGUGAGAACGGACUGGUGAAAUGCUCAGUUGAGGGAAUUGCCCCUGUUCAAAUAAAAUCGAACGUGAGAAACUAUUACACGAUGCUAACCAGUGCGCUUUUAGACAGAGAGAGCUUAUCCGAAUUUAACAUUACAGUAAUCGCCUCCGACUCGGGAAAGCCUUCUCUGUCAGUCAAUAAAAUAUUUGUUUUAAAGAUUUCAGAUGUAAAUGAUAACCCUCCGGUGUUCACUCAUGCGCUCUACAGCGCUACGAUAAUGGAGAAUAACUCACCUGGUUAUACUGUACUAAAUGUAGUUGCCAAAGACCCGGAUGAAAAUCAAAACGCGCGUGUGUCAUAUAUUUUAGAGGAGUGUGGCAUUGGUGGCUCUCCUGUUUCUGGUUAUAUCUCUGUAAAUUCAGAAAACGGAGUUAUUAGUGCCGCGCGCUCAUUUGAUUAUGAACAAACUAAAGAGUUUGUGUGCGUAAUCAAAGCGCAGGACGGAGGCUCUCCUCCUCUCAGCAGCAAUGUGACUGUGAAAAUCCUGGUUCAGGAUCAGAACGAUAACGCCCCUCAGGUGCUGUACCCAGUCCAGACUGGGGGUUCUCUGGUGGCUGAGAUGGUGCCUCGUUCAGCAGAUGUGGGCUAUCUGGUCACUAAAGUGGUGGCUGUGGAUGUGGACUCUGGACAGAAUGCCUGGCUCUCCUAUAAACUGCAGAAAGCCGCAGACAGGGCGCUGUUUGAAGUGGGCUUACAGAAUGGAGAAAUAAGAACUAUCCGCCAAGUGACUGAUAAAGAUGCAGUCAAACAGAGACUGACUGUUAUAGUGGAGGACAACGGGCAGCCCUCUCGUUCAGCUACAGUCAUUGUUAACGUGGCGGUGGCGGACAGCUUUCCUGAAGUACUGUCUGAGUUCACUGACUUUACGCACGACAAGGAGUACAAUGACAACCUGACUUUUUACUUAGUGCUGGCUCUGGCUGUAGUCUCCUUUCUGUUCAUCACGUGUGUAGUGGUCAUUAUCUCAGUGAAAAUCUACAGAUGGAGACAGUCUCGCAUCCUGUAUCACUCCAAUCUGCCAGUGAUCCCAUAUUAUCCUCCACGUUACUCAGACACUCUGGGCACAGCGACUCUCCCACACGUGUACAAUUACGACACGUGCAGGACCACAGACUCCAGAAAGAGUGACAUUAAAUACAUGCAGCCCAUGAGUCAAAGUCUGGUCAGUGUUGAUGACGUCGAGACUGAUUCUGCGCAGAAUGGACAUCAGAGAUCCACAAACUCUACAUUGACCUAA